AUGGAGAAGCCGAUCAUCGGCAAGCAGAGUUAUAAGCAACUCUGGUUUGUUGUUCUUAUUUCCUUCGUUUUUUGCUUGGUAUUGCUCUGCUUGGAUUAUUCAGCUCUACCCGGUGCCAAGAAUGGAGUCUCCUUCCUUGCCCACAGCUUUGCUGAUGCUCUCAACACCCAGAAAACUAACCAACUCGUUCCCGUGGACAAAACUAAUGAAACUAUUGCCCCACCACCCAAUUUCACUAGCAAAACUAAUGAAACUAUUGCUCCACCACCCAAUUUCACCAGCAGUUAUAUUAACGAAGCUACACAGGAUAUUCCUGCCCUGGAAAAUAAUGUUACCUUAUCCAAUGCAAAGAGAGAAAACAAGAUUCAGGACGUUGCUGAUCAACAAUCUAGUGAUGAUCGGAAAGGAGAGGAUCCGUGUGCAGGUAAAUACAUAUACAUUCACCAUCUUCCAAGUAGAUUCAAUACUGACGUGCUCAAAGAUUGUCGAACGCUUGUCAAAUGGUUUGAUAUGUGUCCAUCCCUGAUGAAUUCGGGGCUUGGUCCAAAGGUUGUAAGACCACAAGGGGUUUUAUCUGACAGGAAUUGGUUUGAAACAAACCAGUUCUUGUUAGAAGUCAUUUUCCAUCACAGAAUGAAGCAGUACAAGUGCUUAACCGCUGAUUCUUCGCUGGCUUCAGCAAUUUUUGUACCCUUCUACGCUGGCCUAGAUAUUGGUCGUUACCUCUGGGGUUUUAACACAUCUGUUAGAGAUUCUUCUGCUUAUGAUUUGGUCAACUGGCUUGGAAAAAAGGCUGAAUGGAAACGGAUGUGGGGUAGAGACCAUUUCUUUGUUGCAGGGAGGAUAGCUUGGGAUUUUCGGAGACAAACAGAAAUUCAAUCUGAUUGGGGCAGCCGGCUUAUGUCUUUGCCCGAAUCCAUGAACAUGACAAUGUUAUCUAUAGAGUCAAGCUCCUGGAGCAAUGAGUUUGCAAUACCAUAUCCAACUUACUUCCAUCCAUCAAGCGACAGUGAUAUAACUCGUUGGCAGAGAAAAAUGAGAAGUCAAAAAAGGCGAUAUCUAUUCUCUUUUGCUGGUGCUCCACGUCCAGGUGCGAAUGACUCAAUCCGGGGCGAGAUUAUCAACCAAUGUUUAGCCUCAGAAGAGACAUGCAAGCUCCUUAAUUGUCAGCCUGGUGGAAACAAGUGUGAUUCUCCAGUUGAAGUAAUUAAGGUGUUUCGAGACUCUACUUUCUGCUUACAACCUCCAGGGGAUUCAUACAGUCGGCGUUCAACUUUUGAUUCGAUCCUGGCAGGGUGCAUUCCUGUUUUCUUCCAUCCCUAUUCUGCUUAUGCACAGUACAAAUGGUACUUUCCAAAGAAUUAUACUAAAUAUUCUGUGUACAUUCCUGCCAAUGAAAUAAAAGAUGGCACAGUCAGCAUCAAGGAGGCACUUUCACGGUUUUCGAAAGAACAAGUAUUAGCUAUGAGAAAACAGGCUGUAAAGCUGAUCCCGAAGAUGAUAUAUGCAGAUCCCAGGUCCAGAUUGGAGAGACUCGAGGAUGCAUUUGACAUUGCAGUUAAAAGAGUACUUGAGAGAGUUGAGAAAGUAAGGAAAGAUACCAAGGAAGGAAAAGAUCCUAGUGUUGAUUUUGCUGUAGGGAACCGCUGGAAGUUAAAAUUAUCUGGGAUAGUGGGAGACCAUCCGUUGGACCAAUUCUUUUAAAAGAACAAAGAGCAUGGAAAUGCAAGAUUAGACAAAAACUAGUGCAUUACUUAUAUGACUGGAAUUGAAGGGGUGAGGAUCUCCAUUUUGUUUAUUUCUUUUCCUUGAUGGAAUUUUUGUA